GAACAACGUGGACGACCUCAAAUCCCCAAAUCUCAUGCCUUUCAACCCCAGCAAACAGAUGUCAAAAGAAUCAGUGAGCAAUCUGAACAAAACAGGCUUCAGAGAAGUGAAUCACUUGGUAAAACGUUUCAGAAUAUGGUGCAACCACAGGCUCCUAUUUCCAUGGCACCUCAGUCCGCUAGUCAACAAAUAUUUCAGGAAUCAUCAUUGCUCUGGGCUCCCGUUUCCACAACAGCACAGCCAGCCAAUCAACACUGGAGUCAACAACCUCCACUCCCCUGGGCUCCCAUUUCCACAACAGCACAUCCAAUCAAUCAAGAUAGGACUCAUCAACAUUCACUGCUCUUGGAUCCCAUUUCCACAUCAGUGCAUUCAAUCAAUGAAGACAAGACUCAAGAACCACUACUGCCCUGGACACCUGUUUCCACAACAAUGCAGCCAGCCUGUCAAGACAGGAUUCAACAACCACCACUGCCCUGGACUACCGUUUCCACAAAAGUGUAUGCAACCGAUCAAGACAGGACUCAACAAACUUCAGUGUCCUUCCAGAAAGAUGCUCUUCAUCAUUCCUCACAACAUCUCAACUUAGGAGAAUCUCGUUCUUUGUCUAUGUCAAAUGUUCAAUACAUUGACACAAACAAUGGUAAUUUUAUUCAAACUGAAAACGUUAGAGACAAUCUCCACUCUUUCUCUUUGGAUGUGAUGACUAUGUCUUCUAUUCCUCAGAGUAUUUCUCAACAAACACAGUAUUAUUACCGAAAUAAUGUUACUAAAGAUCAACAACUGACUACUUUUCAACCACCUCAACUAGACCCUUUCGACAUACAGAGACAGAAACAAAUACCUGAUAGCCAAGAAUGGUCCCCGGUGAUGGAUCUUUCCCCAAUUGUUGACGUCUCACCUUCUGUCGAGGCAGCAGAACAAAAGCUUAUGGAAAAGUACCAAGAACUUAUUCCUCAAAUGUCUAUGCCUAGAGUAACCAGUGGAAACAUUCCUGAAAUGCUAGCAAGUUUUCAGAGAUCUUCGGAAGCAAAUCCCAAGGAGCCUCAGUUUAAAAUGCAGCAAAUUUCAUUUUCAGAUUCAUCCAGUUUAUACACAAUGUCAUCAGAUUCUUCCAGAAUUAGUAAUGGAAUUCCAGUGACAUCAGAAGGUCAACCUGUGACUCAUAAUGUUAUUGAGAUGACCAGAUCAAUGCUAAAAGAACAUAGAACUUCUGCUUUAUGUUCUCAGGCUGUGACCACUUCUCAACCACAAAGCUCGAAAGCAGCUGGAGCCAGACGAAUCCACAGAAGGUUGCCUCAGCCAACAUUGGAACAAAUGCAAGAAGCUAUAGCUUUAGCAUCUCAAACUCCCAAAUUCAAAUCAACCCAGUAUCGGAAUCAGGGGGUAAGUAGUAACAAAGGCCCUACUAGACGAAACAUCUCACCUGAGACACAGAGAAAAGGAAUGACUGAAAAAAGUCAGGUCCUUCAACACCAAAAUAUACCUCAAACACCGUCAGAACUGGAAAAAAGAAGUCAGAUGAUAAAAAUCUCAGCUAGUGAUACACAAAAUGAAGCCCAUCGCCCCCAGACGUCGAAUAUAAAUAGUAUUACAUCUUCUGCUUUUCAAUCUUUUCCUGUUUCCAUUACACCAGUGAUGGUGUCUACAACUGGAACUUCUUUCCAUUCAUCUGUAGCCUUAUCCUACCAAAGAGGUAUCCAAACGGUGCCAUCUUUUAAUUCGCAAUUUGAUACGUUGUACAAUAAUGGUCACACUCUAAAGAUUCAUUCUCCACUUCUGUAUAGCAAAAUCAAUAUUUCCGAACCGGAGAAAGGUAUUUUAACUUCUGGAAGUAAAGAGAACAUACACAUUGGAUACAGCAGGUCAUUUUCCGUUCCUGACUCUGUCAGCAAGAUUGGAACUUAUACUCAACUACAAAGUGUUAAGGUACGUACUAUCACAGUGAAGAUUGUCUUUAAUUAUACACAUUGGAUACAGCAGGUCAUUUUCCGUUCCUGACUCUGUCAGCAAGAUUGGAACUUAUACUCAACUACAAAGUGUUAAGGUACGUACUAUCUCAGUGAAGAUUGUCUUUAAUUAUACAC